CACCAACCAGCCACGUGUAGAAUACCCUGUAAAGACGAAUAUCCAUCCUCCAAAGCCCAAAUAUAAAUAGCAGCACAAUCAACAGUUUUCACGAACAAGUUCUCCACUGGCAUUACUGGCGAGAAUCACAAAGCAAACUUUAUUCGUCAUCUCUGCACAGCAAAACAAAGAUGGGUUUGCAGGUAACUUAUCCGGAAGAAUUUGAGGAGUAUGCUGAGAAAGCCAAGACCCUGCCUGAGAACACCAGCAACGAAAACAAGCUUAUUCUGUAUGGACUUUACAAGCAGGCCACUGUUGGAGAUGUAAACACAAGCCGUCCUGGUAUCUUCAACCAGAGAGACAGGGCUAAGUGGGACGCAUGGAAGGCCGUCGAAGGAAAAUCCAAGGACGAGGCAAUGAGUGAUUACAUCACCAAGGUGAAGCAGUUACAGGAAGCAGCUGCUUCUUCCUAAGGUGCCCAAGUAUUGAGGGGAUCAUCUAUUGGUUUCUACUGGGGUUCCUCUCUAUAUAAUGCAACUGCUAUUUGUGUCAUUUCUAUUAUUAUGCUACUUUAUAAAAGUGUAAUGUGACUGUGUCUGAACUUCUUGCUUUGGCGUUGUAUUUCAUCAAUGCAGAGCAAAUUAUGGAUGAUAUACCUUUCUGGUUUCUGGAUUAGUUCAUGUUCUGGUGUUGACUAAUAUUUAAGCUCGGUUCAUAUGCUCCUUUUUAAGGAAACUACUCUCCAAACUAUUUCCAGUGAAAUGGAAUGUUACUUUCAUAUGUUGCAGUUCGCAAGCUACAUUUCUAGAGCACUGAUUUGCUGCUUUUGCGAUCAUUUCUGGCAAUAUUUUUUGUGCACAAAAAUUCUUUUCUGUACGAAGAGGUCGCGAGUUCGAUUUGUCAGCGGGCGCAGGGUAGGGGAUGGAUGAGUUUGUGGGUGAAUAAUUAGGGUAGAAGUAGCAAAAAAGAAAUGCACAAGAGGAUUCACUGUAAUAAUUAAAGAUAACCGAACGACCUCUUUUGCAUAUCAGCAGAUUUCCUGAUUGAUGUAUUUAUGAGAGCGAAAUAUUAGGUGAGAGUUACUUUUAUUCAUCUUCAAGAUAGGGUUAAAUGAUUUCUUCCUCAUCAAUAUGGUUAAGCAGCCUGAAGAACAAUAGUUUCCUCUGUCUACGGUAGAAGACAAAAGCAUGUGCCAACUUGAUCGUAUGGUACCACAUCCAUGUGCUUUAAACCCUAUGUGUUGUUAAAUUCAACUUUAUCAGCUGAUUACUCCUACUGGCCGUCAAAAGACUUGCACUCUAUCCACAAUUAUAAGUGUUGCCCAUUUUUUCGCAUCAAAUUUGGAUGUUUCUUCGGAAUCCAAUUUAAGUUUCAAUAAGGUUAAGAUCGAUCGACAUUGUUCAAAGCAACAAAUUGGAUUCAAUGAGGGUAAGAUCCAUCUACAUUGUUCAAACUAACAUCUGCUUCAUUUACCAGUAGCUUGCUAGACUUGACUGCAAUCUUUUUCCUUUGAGCGAAAUGCCUUUUUUUUUUUUUUUUUAAUCAAAGCACAUUUUAUAUUAAGCAAAAGGAAGCGCAAUUUAUUCGAAUGUACCUUAAUAACCUUUCAUCCAUCAAACUAAUGACCCAAAAUAAAAG